AUGUUCGUUAAGAAGGCAUUCCUCGGCCUCGCCAUGGCAAUGGCACCUGCCACGGUCCUUGGCCUCGACGAUUUCUGGCUGGGAUCCUAUUCCGGUGAAGGCCUCGCCGGUACCUGGGCCAAUCCUGGCUCACUCGGCAUGUGUUACUAUACCAUUGUCGGCAAGGGUGUGAACCAGUGUGAUGCAACCCGACUGAACCCUGCGGAUGGUUCUGGUGGCUGCCCUGGACAGAACGGCAAGCAGCCGAAUUUCUGUCAUAUGGCAAUCGGUGGCGCUGGCGUACCCGAUGGGUAUCAGCUUGAUCGCAAUGGAGGUGAUUGUCCGGUUGAUAGCCGUUCCGAUGGAACAUGGUACGCUGAUGUGGUCGACACCAACAAUGGCAACGCCAAGGUCGGCCGUUGUGUUUAUGAGCUCUGGAUAGGCCCGAACUGUGCCUCAACCGGCAGCUUCCUGACUGAGACCUUUGUUCACUGCUACCAGGAUUAG